AAUACCGGUACCAGGUCAUAUGGCAUCAUGUUGGACGAGGAGACCUCUCUGGUACCUAAGAAUGGUGCUACUAGCGAUACUACAUGUAGUAAUGGUCCAAGCAGAAGAUAUCCAGAUGCCUUUUAUGAUCCGAAAACGGGCAAGCUCAUGGGAGAUCCGGUGGUAGCUCCUGGCGGGAUUAGCUAUGAGCGUUCCAGUUGGGAACAUAUUUGUGAGUCUGAAGAGAUUCCAUCUGCCCCAGCUUAUGACAAUCGAGCCUUGAAGCAAGUGAUAGAAGAAACUUUGUUGGAGACUGACACCACUGUCAUUAGUACUAGAAAAAGUACCGGUACCAGUAGCAGGAGAGAUAGUGGCACAACCAUGCUCCUCAAGGUCCACCACAGUGCUAGGAAGAGUAUGAGAGGUUUGGUAGAAAAAUCCAUUCUUCCCAGUGAUGACCACAAACCAUUGAGUGAUGCCUAUUAUUGUCCCAUUACCAUGAUGCUCAUGCAACAUCCUGUCAUUGGGCCGGAAGGAUUCACUUUUGAAAAAGAAGCCAUUGAGCAUUGGGUAGAUGAAAACCAGGUUUCUCCACUCACCAGAACACCUUUGCCCAGCAAGGAACUUUUAUAUCCCAAUUUGGCACUCAAACAUUUACUGCAACUAGAAGCCGAUAAGGCAGAUGAAGAAGACUCAGAUCCAUCUAUUCGAGACUUCAAACUCGCUCUUCUAGAAACACCUCAAGAUCACCAAGAACAAACAUCAGAGUACACAGGCCCUAGAACCAUGGAAGAAUGGCAAACAUUGCGCAAUCAACGGCGUCAAUCCAAUGCUCAAACGGAUGCAGAGGGUUUUAUAUACUUUGCAAUUCUCAUAUUCUUCCUUGUCCUAUAUCUGGCCAUUUACAUUCUUUUGGCCAUGUGGCUAGGUUGGGCAUUCAUACUCGGAUGUUGUCUUGCAGAGCAUGGAGGAGACGUAUACAGAUGCCUCUUUGCCGCUCCAACCGAGCAAGAAGAAGAGGACGAUCAAGUUUGACCUAUCGUACAGUAUGGUACCGGUAGAGCUGACCACAAACAAACACUACGAGUACUGUACGAAUACCAUUGCCAAACAGAUUCUCAAAAUGACCGUGGAAUCGACUAAACUGGAGUGAGUGACGAGUCUAGCUAGCAACUGUUGAUGGUGCACGACGCUGUUGCGUAGGCAUCUCGAGAUCUGCUGCCAUGCUUUAGACAGGUAGCUAGCUAGAGGAGGGAUUUGAAUCAAUCGGUGUAAGAAAUGGACCUCGCAAUUCGCAGUUCGUAGCCGCAGCUCGCUAGUCGCAAGGUUUUGUAGCCCAGUUACGGUAGUAGGUUCCAUCAAUUGAAGGAUUGGAU